GCAGCAGCCGUCGUCGGGGACACAUGCUGCUCGCUCCUGUCUCCUCCAUCACUCGAGUAAUGGGGCAUUACGUAUCCAGGACCGUCGAGGACCAGCCACCAGACCAACGCCAGAAAUGGGUCUCGCUGCACAAAAUGGUCCAGUCUUUGCACACAGACUUGCAAGCAACCUUCAGAUGCAGCGAUCAGAAGUUCCAGAAGGUCGUCUACAAGAUUAAGAUGUUGAAGAAGGUUCUUAAGAGUGCCAUGAAGGACCAGUUGGCACAACCUGAUGAUUUGAAAGCCUUGAAGACAAGGAUUACAGAAGAGAUAUUACGUCUUGAGACGGACACCAACCUUGAGCGUGAGUAUAGUUACGAAGGUAGAGAAGAUUAUGAUAAGGAAUGGCAGAAUUUGUACGACUGUCGUGAAGAAAAGAAUGGUGAAGAGCGCAUUAAUGAGGGUGAUGAUACUGAUGCACACAGCAAGGAUAGUGAUGAUGCACACAGCAAGGAUAGUGAUGAUGCACACAGCAAGGAUAGUGAUGAUGCACACAGCAAGGAGGGUGCUGAACAACACAGCCAGGACAGUGAUUUGGAAGAACACGCCAAGAAUAGUGACAAUAGUGAACACGUAUCAAUGACUGCCUCGGAGCCCGCUUCAGAAGAUAGAUCAUGCAAACUACAAUCCACAUACAUGCUCAACGAUUUACGAGAUAUGGAAUUACUGACAGACGCAGUCCUGCACCUUUCGACCAGCGUCUAUCGUGAAUACGGCGAACUGGUAGUGGGGAAAGCCACUUUACGAGACAGACUUCGACGCUUACAAAUAAGCCUGGAGUACAUACGCGCCGCCCGCGCCAAAUUCGCCGAGCAAGACGCCAACGCAACGGCUAUCAUGCGGGAUAUCCAAGAUGCCUUCAAGUAUUUCCUGUUCGUCAACAUCCUCGAUCCUGAUUUAAGCUUUUUCCACCGCUUCGUGGCAGUGAUUGAUCAGCUGCAGGAGGUGGUGGAGUCCAGCGGGGACUUGCCCCAGAUGCCACCACCUCAACACCGUAACUUAAGCUUGAGUACUGUCUUAGAACAGGACUUAAUCAACUUAAGUAGCGUCAACCCUUCGCUUGUGAAUGCCGUGCCGCUACUUAACCUGCUCUUGGAAAGAUACUUAAUCUUCCAAGAAGAUGACACAGAAUCCGAGAUCUCUGGAGGACCCUCAAUGAUUGUCAAAAUAAGCAUCAAUCUCAAUUCCUCUUCGACUUCGAGUGAGUCUGAUGAUACAGGAAGGGGCGACGCGGACGGCGCUCUGACACUGAGAAAAGGCGCGCAAUGGCUGGUCGGCCUUCAGAAGACUCAAGAGAAACUCUGCUGUUUGCGGGAAGAAAUCAAAGAACAAAACUCAUUAAUGAAGGAAUGUUUGCUCUUGAAAACAGAGGAAUCUUAAGUAAGACGAUCACAAUGUUUACACCUGAUUACAGACAAUUCCUAAGAUGAUAUCAGUGUAUACAAUUGACAACAGAGGAGCCUUAAGACCAUCACAUUGUUUACAAUAGACAAGAGGAGAUUCUUAAGUAAAAAAAUUCCAUUGCCUGGAAGUAAUAGAGAAAUAUAGGAUAAGGGAAGCAGGCAUUGCUCGAAUAUUGGGUGAUAAUUAGAGUUUAUUUUAUACCGUAGGAGAAAACCUUUUGGGAAACUUCUUGACAGAACUUAAAGAUGUUGAACGUACUUCUUCCCAUGUAGUGAUCUAGGUUCAUUUAGGCCUCAAUAUUGCCCAUUUGUUUGUGUUAAUUUCCCCCAUUUAUUGGGCCUCUACACUGCCCUAUUAUUUAUUAAUACUCUUCCCUAUAUAUAUACCUCCAUAUUGCUAUCUUUUUCUGCUGAUAGUCCCCAUCCUUCCCUUUCAUGCCUGCAGAAUUUACGGAUAUCUGUUUAUAUCAUUUUGCUAUCUUGUGUCAACAUAUUUUUUGCCUUACUCGUGGAUUUUUUGCUCAUGAGGAUUUUUCAUGUUAAAGUUUUGUUAACUGAGUUAACUUCUUAUUUAUGGCAACUUACAGCAUCAUAAUUUAUUUCUAUAUAAAUAUAUAUCUUUUGACAAAAAUGUUUCUCAUGCCAGAUUAAGUUUUUUUUUAUU